GUAUAUUGUCCACAUCGCAAGUCGCAUCAACUGGAAUGUUGGAAUGCGGGGGAUAAGGAUUGACUCACGGGUAGGGGUUCCCCAGACGGUGAUGACCUCGGUGGUGCAGCCGCAAGACUCCUCGGGCUCAGCCUGAACGGCACGACGCUGGUGGAAAGAGUCGUGACCGUGACGACGCAUGUGAGCGCCGCCAUCAGCCAGAGCGGUACCGGCGAGGGCAGCCGCAGUGGCAAGGAAAGCACCCUUCAUAUUGACGGUAAGGGUGAAAUCAAUGAGGGGGGAUCGGGAACAAAUUCAAUCGCAAUGAAUGCCCGCUAAAAGAGUGAAGCGGUGGUCAAGUUUGCAGAGUGAGAAGAGAACGCGGGAGAGGGAGGGAGGGAGGGAGAAAAGGGCACGCCGGCCUCUUUUUGAUAUCUUUCUCUGGGAGGGAGAAAGAGACAAACGAUCUGCAAAACAAACCCGAGAGGGAAAACAAAAAAAAGAGGGGAGGGAGAGAGGAAAAAAGAAGAAGAAGAAGAAGAAGGAAAGGGAAAAGAGGCAAGUCUGGCCCAGCAGGGAAAAAGCCCCCAAGCAAACAAAAGGGGGCGGGAGUGGAUGGAUGGUGGAUGGUGGAUGGAUGGAUGCCAGGCACCCACUGGCCGCUAUUGGACUGGAUGUCCGCACGGCUCGGAUAGCCUGGUGGAGUCGAGUCAGUAGUAUUAGUUUGCACGUCGUCCAUUCCCUUCUUGGGGGUUUCAGAAUAUCUUUUGUCCCAUUCCCUCGAUGCGGUGACGGUGACCGUUAGCUGCAAUCCUGACAUUCAGGGUCUAGCUACUAUUUUUUGGGUCGAUGGGCCAUCGAUGAGUGGAAGAGGAG